AUGAUGAACACAUCCGCAGGACCUUUCUAUACCCAAACAGUACCUACGGACCUGACCGGUUCGUUAUGGGAUGCUACUGCAGAAGGCACACAGAACUUCCAUGGAGAAUCUGAGUUUCCUUUUUCUUUUGGCCACAUUACUCCCAGAGCCAUGGGACAGGACCCCACAGAGGAUGACUUUUCCGGAAAAUGGAUGUCCGCAGAGGAUGCCCCAGCCAUGAUCGCAGAGCCCAUGCGACGGAUGACUUCCCAGAGUUCAAAUGGCAGCAGCCACAAGAACAGAACCAUCAAGGCCUCUUCGCUGAAGAGCCGCCCAAGAAUUCUAUCCUCUGUUUCACAGGGAUCACAAAUGUCAAGCUUUGACAUUACAGGUAACGCUCAGGCAGACUUCCUUUUGCACGAUUCCGAUGCCCACUCGGUUUCUUCGCAGCCCAUGUUCUACCCUACCCUGCCCAUGGGUGUUGGCAUGGUGAAUGGACUUUCCUACGCUACGGAUAUGCUUCCCACAAACAUGGGUCAGCAGCACAUGGACCCGACCCAGAUGCGCUUGGAUUACAACCCAAGCCUCACAGGUAACUCUCCUACUGCCUCGUGGAGUGAUUCAUUCAGCCCCAUUGGCGGCUCCCGGACUUCCAGCCCUGCUAUUACCGAGGCUGCAUGGAGCCACGUACCAAUUGGGUCCUCUUCCCAAGGCAGCACCACCUCCCACGCUAUUGCCCAGUCUCCUACUCUGAGCCACCACCCUGGAAAUGGUCUCAAUGCCGCCGAUGACUUCUACGGAAACGAACUUCUGGAGAACGCAGUCAUGGGCUCUGGCUUUAACCGCCGCUCCAGCAAUGACGGCGAGUCCACUGCACGGGACCACCCCCUCUACAAGAACGCACUGCCCCAAGCUGAUGGUCUUUUCCACUGCCCAUGGGAGGGACGUGACUCUUGCAACCACAAGCCUGAGAAGCUCAAGUGCAACUAUGACAAAUUUGUCGACUCCCACCUGAAGCCUUACCGCUGCAAGGUUGAAUCCUGCGAGAAUGCCAGAUUCUCUUCAACCGCCUGCCUGCUCCGACACGAGCGCGAGGCCCACGCCAUGCACGGUCACGGCGACAAGCCCUACCUCUGCAGCUAUGAGGGUUGCGACCGCGCCGUUCCCGGCUGCGGUUUCCCACGCAACUGGAACCUCAGGGACCACAUGAGACGUGUUCACAACGACAAUGGCUCCUCCCUGAACAUGUCGGCAGCACCACACUCCAGCCGCGGAUCUCAGUCUGCUUCGGCCAAGGGCCGCAAGCGCAAGAGCAAGGACUCUGAGACCUCGGCCGGCCGCAAGCCCACUUCCAAGCCUUCCGCUGCGGAAGAGGCUGCGGCCGCUGCUGCUAGAGCAGAAGCCCCUCUCAUUGAGCAGUGGUGGUCCCACCGCAAUGCCAUCCAGACCUACCUCCAGCGCUUUGACAACCCUGUUGCCUUUGAGGUCCUGGAGCAAUCCGGCGAGGCUCAAGAGCACUUUGCUGCCAUGGACAAGAUCUCCAGGAGACUCAAGAAGUCCCGGGACCCUCACCGACGCUCCUACACCCACCACAGCGGCUGA